GAUUGCAGAAUAUUGACAUAGCAACCAAGCGGAGGUGCCACCAAGUUUUUCUCUGUACCUACUAGUUCUUGCUCUCUUCUGCGCUUAAACGGUUUAGCUUUCCUUUCUACUGCUGCCAUGAACGGGGCAGUGGUAAAAAAGACCCAGGACACGCUGGGCAAAGUGAUAAAGAAACCGCCUCUCACGGAGAAACUGCUAAGCAAGCCGCCGUUUCGAUACCUACACGACAUCUUCAGUGAGGUCAUCAGGAGCACUGGUUUUAUGAAAGGCCUGUAUGGAGAAAAUGAAAUGAAGUCAGAUAAUGUUAAGGAUAAGGACUCUAAGAUAGUCUUCCUCCAGAAAGCGAUAGAUGUCGUGAUGCUGGUGAGUGGUGAGCCCCUGGCAGCCAAGCCAGCACGCAUUGUGGCCGGCCAUGAGCCUGAGAAAACCAAUGAGCUGCUGCAAGCCAUAGCCAAGUGCUGCCUCAACAAGAUGUCCAGUGAUGAUGCGGUGAAGCGAGUGCUUGCAGGAGAAAAAGUGGACCCGAAGACAAAGGCCAGCACCUCCAGGUCACAGGACAAGGAAAAUAGGGAGGGACGUGAACGUCAUCUGGAUAAAGAGGAGAAGAAAAAGAUUACAGAGCGCAGCGGGAGCCAGGACCAGAAGGACCCAGACCCGCCCAAAGAGCAGGAGAGCCGACGAAGAGAUGGUGAAAAAGAGAGCCACCGUGACAGGGAGCGCUCUGACAAGCACCACCGCAGUGAGCAGGACCACCACGCCAAAGACAAGAGCCGCGACCGGGAGCGGGACAAGGAUAAAGACAAAGGACGAGUCAAAGACAGGGACAAGGAGAAGGACAAAGAGAGGGAUCGAGAAAGGGAAAAAGACAAAGAGAGAGACAGAGAAAAGACGAGAGAGAGGGAUUCCCACAAAGACCGGGAAAGAGACAAGGACAAACGAAGAGACAGAGACAAAGAGCGGGAGAAAGAGAGAGAGCGAUACAAACAGGGGGAAGAGAGGAACAAAAAUGGAGAGAGUGGCAGUAGCAAGGUCAAAGUAUCAGAGGAACUACAGCAAAAAGCACGCCACGAAGAGCCCAGCAAAACAGCCAAACCUGUGCCAGCGCCUGCAGAAGCAGUUGAGAACCAGUCUGAUAGUCCAGCUAGAAUACCACGGCCUUCAUCUGCCAAAGGGCAGAGACGAAGACCCAAAAUUGGAGGUCAAGAUGAAUCUGACAGCGAGGGAGAUGGAGAUGAUCAGUUAGCCCAGAGGCCUGCCAUCCAGGAAAAUGGAGACACUGCAGGCUCCUCCGUGCCAUCCGACAUGGCCUCCAGCAGCAGGCGAAUACCACGGCCCAGCAGUGCUCGCCCAGCACCUCCCCGAGUCAAGAGACAGGAAAGUUACACUGAUGUGACCCCAGCUGAGAGGCUUACCAGUGCCAAGCCCUCAGCACCAGUCAUCAUGGAUGGAAAUCGGCUGUCUGAGGAUGAGGAGGACGACGAUGAGCAAUUUGUCGUGGAGGAGGCGGUUCCUCCACCUUCAGAUGCUCCUAAGAUGGAGGACACUGCACAAGAACUCAACAGUGAAGACAAACAUGGUGGCCUAGUCAAAAGGAUACUUGAGACCAAGAAAGACUAUGAGCUGUCCCCAUCUCCAAAAUCUAAAGAACAGAAUGGGCUCUCUGAAGCAGCACGGAAGAAGGAGCGGGACAUGGUGACGCGGGAGAUAGAGCGGCUCCGCUCCUCCAUCCAGACAGUGUGCCGCAGCACCCUGCCUCUGGGUAAGAUCAUGGACUACAUACAGGAGGACAUGGACGCCAUGCAGGCUGAACUGCACACCUGGCGACGGGAGAACAAAGAGCAUGCACAGGCCUUGCUGCAGGAGCAGAGAGCGACAGACAGGGCAGUGGAGCCUCUUAAGGCAGAACUAGCUGAGCUGGAGCAGCUGAUCAGGGACCAGCAGGACAAGAUUUGUGCUGUAAGGUCCAAUAUACUGAAGAAUGAAGAGAAGAUUCAGAAGAUGGUGACUGGAAUCAACUUUUCUUCCAGAACCUGAAGUGAGACACAAGGUCUACAAAGAAAAACUUUCCUGAAAAAUGCACUAAAGAUGUGAAGAUUUAGUGAUAAACGGUUUCUCCUUCAGAAUAAUGGUAAGACCAAUUUUCUUGAUGAUGUAGGAUGGGACCAAACAUUGCACUUUUAGGGGUUUUGUCAGAGAGGGGAUGGACACAAACAUAUUAGACACCAUCAGUCAGAUUUUGAUAAAUGAAAGCUCUCUAUGAUGGUUUGGAGGUCUGUCUCUCAUCUAACACCUGCUGAGACUGACAGGUAAAUACAUGAAUAAAAUAUCUUUCUGCUCUGCACACUAACAGUACCCCAUGUGUUAUCCCUUUUCUGUAAUGGUGCCUUUGUGGAAUGAGCCAGUGCACAGCUCAUGACCUGAAAGUUAAACUAGAUAGUUAUAUUUAAUGCUGGGUCUGUUCAUAAAAAGCUAUAUAUUCUAAAAUGAACAAUAAUUAACCUGAGCUUGAUUUGCUGUACACUCAGCAAUCACUGGACCAACUUUAAAACCCAUAUCAUUUUUUUUUAUUAGCCUAGAAGAACAGUUUUUUGGAGUGUGGCACAUUUAGUUUCGUUGUGUUUCAUUGCCUAACUUACUACUACACGUACUACACAGGACGUGUAGGUUCUUUGGAGCAGUAAGCAGGCUUCUGAUUUGCUGUUUUCCGUGAGGAAAUGUCCAAAUACAUUUUCUAUGUGGUAUCCUGGUUUGAGUUUGUCCUGGGACCUUUUACAUGUCAUGCCGAUGUUUCAUUUAUCUUUUAAACAUUUUCUUUCAAGCUACCCUCCCUAAAAAAUGAAAAAAGACCAAAAACAUUUAGACUGUUUUCAGCAACAUUUUCCUGUGCUUACAACAACCUGAUCCCAUCUUGUAAAAACCGAUCACAGUUCAUCUAUUGUUAUUUCGCUCUUCCACUUUAGAAGCACCGCUGCACUUUGAUAAGGGAGGUACUUCUAAGUUGCUUGGAUAAAGCUUUUUGGCAGCAAAGCAGUGUUACAAUUUGUUCUUCUCUCUCUGAUAGAUAUCUUCUAAAACAUAGACACACUAAUAUACUUCAGGGAAAGGUAAGCGUGUACUCACUCUCCUUGCAGUGUCUGCCAUUGUGGAGGACCCUCCAUUUUAUUUGUACUGUAGGAUUUGCCAAACUGUUUCUUUUUCGGGACAGAGACAACAUUUGGUCAGAUGGCAACUUUUUGUGUGAACCUUCAAUUCUUAGCUCCUUUUGUGACUUUGAGAAAUGUACAGAUGUAUGAAAAUAUGAAGCAAUACCGGGCUGAUAAUUGAAGCUGGACAAUGGACGGUAGAGACGUGGGACUGAAAGUAACCACUGGCCCAGUUUUCCCGCCAUCUAUGUUGACCAUGUGGUAAUGAAAGUGCAGCUGCCAGUUGUACUGCAGAUUGGCCUCCCUGAAGAUACAUACUGCCAAUGUUUACAGGAAAAUAUUAAAAAACAUUGAUGAAUGUAAACCGAUAACUUUAAAAAUUCAUACUUUUUUUUGUCAUGCCCAGUUGUAUCAAACCUAGUUAAACUUUUUCAGAUGUGAAUGUGAUGACCAUUCAUACUGUAGCUAGACCCACUCUUCUCUGCAUAGACCUCCAGAAAAUAUAUUUUCUGCCAAAACAUGGUUUUUCCUGCAGUGUGUUACCGAGAGGAAAGGUGGCACCACGUCUCAUAAAUCAGCUCUCUGACAUUACUAAUGUCUGAAAUUGAAAUGUUUAGCUUCUGACUAGCAAAUUGUGUUUAAUGGAACUGUUUAUUGGCAUCGAUGGCUACAGGAAAACGUUCAAAAUGACACUGAUAUUAUCUUUUGAAAACGGCGCACACUGCAUUGCUUCAGUGGGAAGAAUUUACACUGAUACUAUUCAUUUGACUGAUCGCUUUGAGAGCUAUUCAACAGUAAAAACGUUAUCUCAUUUAGUCUGAUUGUACUCCGUUUUCAUCUCAGUAUUAUAUUUAGUCCUUCAAAUAUAAAUGCUAAUUACAAAUACAUUAAACAUAAAAAAAAUCUUACAAGCAACACUCCUAGAAAAGUGAGGAACUGUGUGUUCAUGUCUUAUAUGAAAGUACAAUUUACACUGUAAACUAUUUGUAUCAUAUGCUCUGUUUCUCUUUAAACUGUACAUUAUGUAUAUGUGGAGAUUGUAUUAUAGUUUAAAUAAUUAUAUAAUUUUGUAGUGGAGUGAAAUAAAUGGUUACAUUGUAAUAAA